GCAUGCUCUGUCUGCUUUUUCUUUCUGUGUUUCGUGCUAUCCUAGCUGUUAGCUGUGGUCAUCCUGGUAGUCCGAUUUACGGAAGAACAAGUGGAAAUGGUUUUAACUUCAAUGACAUUGUGACGUUUUCAUGUAAUACUGGUUACGUUAUGCAAGGACCAACCAAAGCACAGUGUCAGGCAAAUAGGCAGUGGAGCCACCCACCUCCAAUAUGCAAAGUGGUGAAUUGUUCUGAUCCUGGAAUUCCUGCAAAUUCCAUAAGAGAGAGUAAAAUAGAACAUGGAAAUUUCACAUAUGGCACAGUGGUAUUUUAUGACUGUAAUCCUGGAUAUUAUUUAUUUGGCUCUUCAGUUUUAAUUUGUCAGCCAAAUGGCCAAUGGGACAAACCUCUUCCUGAAUGCAUUA